AUGCAGCUUGGACUGUUUGUGGUGGUGGUUUUUCUAAGCUCGAUGGAUCUCACAGGCAGCAGCAAAGUGGUGAAGGGCAAGAGGCAAAGACGAAUUAGCACCGAGCUGAGUCAGGGCUGUGCCAGAGGCUGCGACCUGUGCUCCGAGUUCAAUGGGUGCCUGAGAUGUUCCCCCAAACUAUUCAUCCUUCUGGAGAGGAAUGAUAUCCGGCAAAUUGGGAUUUGCCUACCAUCUUGUCCACUGGGAUACUUCGGCCUUCGCAAUACAGACAUGAACAAGUGCAUCAAAUGCAAAAUUGAGAACUGUGAGUCCUGUUUCAGUCGAAACUUUUGCACAAAAUGUAAGGAAGGUUUGUAUUUGCACAAAGGGAGAUGUUACGUCACAUGCCCCGAAGGCUACUCUGCUGCCAAUGGCACCAUGGAGUGCAGCAGUCCUGCACAAUGUGAAAUGAGUGAGUGGGGGCCCUGGGGGCCCUGCUCCAAGAAGAGGAAGCUCUGUGGCUUCAAGAAGGGCAACGAAGACCGAACGCGGCGGAUUCUGCAGGCUCCCUCUGGAGAUGUGUCCCUGUGUCCUGCCACCACGGAGGUGCGGCGAUGCACUGUGCAGAAGAACCAGUGCCCUGAAGGGAAAAGGAAGAAAAAAGAAGAGCAAGGAAAGCAAGACAGUGCAAAUGGGAACAGAAAUCGGAAAGACACCAAAGAUGCUAAGUCUGGCACCAAGAAGAAGAAGAGCAAACAGAGAGGGGCUGCGGUCCCCGCGACGUCCGCUAGCCCUGCCCAGUAG